AUGCCGGAGACCUCGAGAUGGGGGUCAAAGGGGGAGCCGAGAUCACCCGAGAGUAAACAGUCCGCUUUGUGGGACUUGACAGAGCUCUUCUCCUCCGGACGACUGCGGUCUGGUUGGCUCUACUGUGUGGCCGUCAACACUGUCGGUCGGGCCAUCUCCCCGCCCGUCUGGAUCAGAUUCGCAAAAAUUGAUGAAUCGAAGCUGUGUGAGACCCGAACUUUGACAGUAAAGGAUCAGACCUACCUGCGCCUCAAUUGCACGGUUCCAGAGAGCACACCGCCGGCCACCGUUCGGUGGAUGUAUCGCCAACCCAGCGGAUUCAUGGGCUUCAUUCACGAAAAUCGCACGUUCGCUAUGGAUGAUGACGAUCAAACGAAGCCUAUCACAGAGUUACCAUUCCCCCGCCGGACCCUUCCUCAUGGCACGGUCACCAAGAUCGCAGACGCGACUACUGAACGAGACGGUGGAACUGAGAUGCCUCAUCUCCCCCUUCCCUGGAACAAGGAUCCAGUGGCUCUGGAAAUCCACCAAAUUCGACUCAACCUUGGAAUGGAAAAGCGGGCGUUGGAGUACAAAUUCCCACACGCGCCACGAGUUGAAGUGAGGAAUGAGGGAAUUCUUCUGAGCAUAGAGAGGCUGAGAUUUGAACAUGCCGGUGUCUACACAUGCCAAACUGUGAACAAAGUAGGAUAUACAUCAAAAGCUGUUUUAGCCACAUUCGAAUUAGCUGUUGAAUCCAUUCCGCUCUUCGACGUAAUGCCAGCGGACACAACAGUGCCGAUCGGAGGCUCAACUGAGCUACGUUGCGAGCCUCAUGACGAAGAGGGAUCCAAAAUAGAGGUCAAAUGGCACAUGAACGGUGAGCCUAUCGAAAGACACCUGGAUGGCGAUAAUAGGAGACUCGCUGGCAAUGAAGAACCCUGUUCACUGACAGCACUUUGUGCCUGCUCCUCUUACAGACGCCUCAUUUUGAGUAAUCUGGGAAUGCACGACAGUGCAGUCUUCCAAUGCAACAUAAGCAACCAACAUGGAUUCCAGUUUGUCAACGCCUACGUCAAUGUCUGGAAUUCACCUCCCGCCAUAAUUCACGGCCCACCGGAAGAAACUAUUAUUGCCGAGGGCCAAAAAGCCAUCAUUCCCUGCAAGACGGUGGGAGCUCCGACCCCCCGGAUUCACUGGACCCGCGAUGGUUCUGUCACAACGUCAGACGAAAUCGGACGCGAUCACAGAAAAAUGAAGACGUCUCUGGCUGACAGUGGAAUGUACAAGUGUGUUGUUGGCAACCGUUUCGGUAGUUCUUCAGCGUCAGGACGUCUUGUGGUGAGACAGGCCACUCGAAUCACCUCGGGUCCCCUAAGAGUGGGCAGCUACGCUCUUCAAAAGACCACAGAGAACGGCACUAUCAUCACCAGCAUAGGGACUGAGGUGUCACUCUUCUGCAGGGCCGAAACCGACGCCAUGGAGGUCUCCAAAUUGCUCGUUAAAUGGCAGUGGUACGAUUGCUCGAUUUAUCACGGUGAUUCGUCAGCCCUCCAACUGGAAGGUGAGACCGACACUUCGGGCGGUUACUCCGAACUUCCAUCCGACAACAUCCGCGAGACCCAGCGAAAGAUUAGUCGGAACUCAGUUGAGUCUUCUCUAAUUCUACUGAAACCACAGUCGUCACAUUCUGGAACUUACCGAUGUCAAGCUUUCAAUGGUCUUGAUAACGACUCGCGAACCGUAGACGUCAUUAUCCAGGGUCCUCCUGAUCCUCCGACAAAGACGUCUUUAAACUGCACACAUGUGGCCAAGAGAGGAACUGCUCUUUUAUCUUGGACUCCUAGCUUUGACAACAAUGCACCCAUAGUUGACAUCCAAAUUGAAUACGCCAUUGGUUUCAACCGUCCCAUUGGAAAAGCUCAGAUGGAUUUGGUCGAGCCCUUCUCCCCCCUCAACACGAAGGUCAUUCUAAAGGCUCUGAACGCCUCCGUACAAAGUGGGACGUGGCGCACGCUGAAACACAGUCUUGUAUCGAGAUCCAGUCAAACAUCCACAUGGCAGGCCUACGACGACCUCGCCACAGUCAACCUGACCCGCAGUGUCGCCCUGGUCCCCAUUCAUCCCGACGUCGCCUACCACUUCCGGGUGCGACUAGUUAACCGCGUUGGUAUCUCCGAUCCCGGACCCUUGGCACCAGGCCUAAAUGAGGAGGAACAGAAGCGCUGCCUUUUCAAACCCCAGACGCCAACAGUUAGGCCUAAGAAACUGGAGAUCUAUGGCAAUGUACCAAACACACUGACUGUAACGUGGAAGCCGAUUCCACCGAUUCGUCACAAUGGUCCAGGUUUGCGUUACCAUCUGACCAUCAGAUGUCUUGACUGUGAACAAAGCAUGCAGGAUGGUGGAGCAUUAAAUGAAACAAUAAUUUCCGACUGGAAUCAGAGUCACAUCGUAUUUUCUAAUCUUCCAGUCUACGACAUUUUCAACCAACAAUGGCCCAUCGAAAUUUUCAAGCAAUAUGAGGUGAGUCUGACCGUGUCAAAUGCACUGGGUUUAAGCAAAGCCGGAACACUAAUCGCUAGAGGGUGGUCGGCCGAGGCACCUCCGACUAUAGCGCCGUAUCGACUCCGCGCCACCCGAGUGGAGGCCUCCAUGGCUGAACUGACCUGGGAGUGGCCCCCCGAAACCUCCGGAGCCGUUAAUGGCUUCUUCAUUGGUCUUCGAAUUGAGUGGUGCCUCGCCGAGAAGGACCAGAUUUGUGACCGAUAUAAAGUCAUUCAGGAUGUUAAACUUGCUGAGCCUCCAAAAGAGCUUUACCCUAAUCUGCGAGUCGAUCCAGCUGACUUGGAAUCCAGAAGUCGUGAGAGCAACGAUUGGGAUGGAAAUUACACUGUCAAACGAAUACGGAAGUCAACAUUGGUACCUUACAGUCAGCAUAGACGCGCCGUGCUCCGAAAUCUACCUGGAUUAAGCCACCUUCGUGUGUGGAUUCGUCUUUUGAACAUCCAGUAUGAAGGUCCUGGCAGUGACAUUCUUCUUGUCCUCACGAAGGAAGGUGUGCCUGAAGCGGUGAGUGAAUUCAUCCACUCUUUUGCCGGCGUAAACUACGUCGAGGUUGCCUGGGCCAAGCCCUUCCAAUCCAACGGUAUCCUUACCGGCUACCUCAUCGACAAGAAGAUCGCUGAUCCGGAUCAGAUGGCAACGCGGCUCACCGGCCUGGAGAUUAACUCGUCCUAUAAGCUGCUCAUCAGCGCGCUCACGGCGGUGGGUGCCGGCAAACCAAGGGAGCUCAGGGUUCACACGGCCAAGCAACGGCUCGCAAAAUCUCUGGCUGAAUUUGUGGUAUCACCGGUGUACGGUUCGACAACUACGCUCAACGUAAGCCUUGUCAGACCGUUGGAGGCAACAGCAACUCUAAACGAUGAGAAUCGGCACCCACUGCUACAACGCGAUGACGGUUUGCUGGAAUCCGACCGGACUGCGUCGACAAUGAUGGAAAGCGGAGAGGGCAAUGGUUUGCGGGCCUUUCUUGUUCAGUACAAACGCCUGAAAGACGAGAACUGGGAGGAAACUGAGAAGGAAUUCGAUAAAAACUGGCAAAUUAUUGAAAAUCUUGCUCCAGAAAACUCGACUUUCCCCGGCUAUCAAAGUCGAAAAAUGCAGUUUUUGAUAAGAGCUGCAAUCCUUGCCGAUGGCCAUUAG